AUGAUCGUGGACAAAAUUUACGGUACAAACACCGCUGGUGACAUCGUCGGCCCCUCUGGCACCAGCGUGAUCUUCCCACUUGACCUUGAUGAGGUCUCGACCAUCGUGCCGAACAUCUCAGCGACUCAUCAACUUACGCUCAAUGAUCUCCGCACCGACUGUCCACAGACAGAGCCAGCAUCUGUCAUCGCAACAAAAGUGCCUGGUGGCCCUUGCGACCCGAUUCUCGCAGCACCAAAGAAGGUCAAAUCAUGGGCGUCACCUUGCGGCGCGUGUCAAAACUUCGGACUGUUUGAUCCUCCAUAUGCCGUUUCGCCUCUCACUGGAGGUCUGGUACCAAUGACUACCACGACAGUGGAGCCCGCGCCCCAGACUACGACCACAAUUGUAUCUGCCACCGAGACUACCACUCCCGAUGAGACCGCCGCAUCUACAACAUUGCAUUCUACUGCUGCUGGUGUGGCAGUGACUCUGACUGAAUCAUUCGGCUCGAUCGUAGCCACCAUCCCGGUGACUGUCCUGACAUCAUCUAAUGAAGCUUCGUCGCAAUCCUCCAUUGCUGCGGAGACUGCAACGGAGCCCUCCAUGCAGACAUCAACUGCCAAUCCCACCUCUCUCGCAUCCUCGUCCUCAUCUUCAUCUACGGGCGCGAGCCCGAGCUCUAGUAUACCUGCAGCUCCUGCUGCGGCCACCAAGAUCUCGGGUGGACUUGGUUGGAUCAUGAGUUUGAUCUUGGGAAUAAACAUGGUGGUAUUAUGA